AUGCCGAAAGCAACGUCGAAAAGUGGUGGCAGCUUUGCGGCCGUAAUCCUGCUGAUCGCCGUGGGAUUAGCGGCCAAAGUUAGCACUGAGGAGAUUGAAGUCGCUGACCCGGCGGAGAGUUCUGCCGCACAGCAAUACUUUGAUGCCGUUGCACCGGAAGACCGUGAAGCGUUCAUAAAGUACCACUUGGAUAAGGGCCUGGAGCAUCGUAUACAGAACCAUGUCAGCUCCAUUCCGGAUGACUUUGAUUUCCUCCCAUUCCAGCAAAGUCCGACAACAACGGUAGCACCGCAGGAAAACGCAGAUUUAUCGUCGAAGCUGAGCGAUGUGGAUCUGACAUUUAACACCGACGCUGGCCGUCACCGUGGUCCCAUCCGCAACACGGAUAAUGUUGCAGAGCCGGAAAACUUUGCCAUUAACUUGCUGAACCACUUCGAAGUAGUCACUGGUUUUAGAGACCGAGAUGUCUACAACUAUGUUCGGUAUAACACUGUUUGUACCCCUGCUGGAGUUUGCCUAAAUCCGGGAGAUGUUGGAACCAUUUGCUGUCCCUUCUGA